AUGAAUUCUCUAGUAACAAUUGAUAAGAAUGAUGAACCAGAAUCUUGCAGUGGGUGUAGAAAAAUUCUUUCCUUAAAUUUAUUCAUUGAUAAUAAUAAAAAUUUUCGCACUUGUGAUAUGUGUCGUGCUCAAAAUAAGCUUUACAAACAAAAAGCAAAUAAUAAGCAAUCAUCCAAUCCUUUAGUUGAGAUUCAUGAUCUUAAAGGUAGUUUGAAAGAACAAGCUAAUCAAAUUGUAGAAAUUAUAUCUGAUGUAGGCGAAUAUAAGUGGAU